AUGACCUUUGUUGAAGAAAUCCACGCCGCCAACGCCGCCUAUGUUAACCACCGUCCCAAGGGUCAGUUACCCCUCCCACCAGCUCGCAAGGUCGCUAUCGUUACCUGCAUGGACGCAAGAAUCCUCCCCGAAAGCGCAUUCGGCCUUCAAGAAGGCGACGCCCACGUCAUCCGCAACGCCGGCGGCCGAACCCCCGAAGCUCUCCGGUCCCUUGUCAUCUCCCAACAGCUCCUGGGCACCGAGACCAUCAUUGUGGCACAACACACCGAUUGUGGGAUGUUGACGUUCGAAAACAAAGAUAUCCAUGCAGUGAUCCACAAGAACUUGCAUGGCGCCGAUGCGACUCAUAUUGAUUUCUUGCCGUUUGCCAACUUGGAGCAGAAUGUGAGGGAUGAUGUGGCGUUUCUGAGGAACCAUGAGUUGAUCCCAAAGGCGGUGGAUAUUCAUGGGUAUAUUUAUGAUGUUGAGACGGGGCGGCUUGUGCCUGUCAACUCGGAGUAA